UCUCAUAUUUCUGUUCCUUCUUUCCAAAUACGACUCCUCCCCACCUUAAAGAAGGAACCGAGUCCAAGAAUCCCAAUUCCCGACGAUGGCUACCGCUUCUCGAUUGAGAGGGCUGGGUGCCGUCCUCGCCGCCUCGGGCGCGACCUGGGCGGCGGUCUCACUCGUGCAGCCGCCGGCCUCCGCCAGCGACCGCGGCCCCGCAGGGCUCGACGCCGCUCGGCGGAGGAUCGCCGAUCCCGCCGCCGCGAUCCCGCCGAGGGAGGUCCAGGAGUCGGCCCUGAUAGGGACCAGCGUCAUCAACCCACUCGAUGUCCUCGUGAUUGGCGGCGGGGCCACCGGGUGCGGCGCCGCGCUCGAUGCCGCCACCCGUGGGCUCCGCGUCGGCCUCGUCGAGAGGGAGGAUUUCUCGUCGGGGACUUCUUCGAGGUCUACUAAACUGAUCCAUGGCGGUGUACGAUAUCUGGAAAAAGCUGUGUUUAAUCUUGAUUAUGGGCAGUUGAAGCUUGUUUUCCAUGCACUAAGGGAGCGUAAACAGGUCAUUGAGAAUGCCCCACACUUGUGUCAAGCUUUACCAUGCAUGACACCUUGUUUUGAAUGGUUUGAGGCUGUAUAUUAUUGGAUGGGACUGAAAUUAUAUGAUCUCGUUGCUGGUCGAAGGAUGCUACAUCUCUCACGAUAUUAUUCUGCAAAUGAGUCAGUUGAACUUUUUCCAACUCUGUCUAGGAAGGGUCACAAUGGGAGCUUGAAGGGAACAGUUGUUUAUUAUGAUGGACAAAUGAAUGACUCCCGGCUGAAUGUAGGACUGGCCUGUAGUGCUGUAUUGGUGGGUGCAACAGUGCUUAACCAUGCAGAAGUGAUAUCUUUGAUCAAGGAUGAUUUUGGUGAGCGGAUAAUUGGCGCACGCAUCCGUGACCAGUUAUCAGGGAAAGAGUUCGAUGCAUAUGCAAAAGUUGUUGUAAAUGCGGCUGGACCAUUCUGUGAUAGUGUUAGAAAAAUGGCCAACAAAGAUUUAUCAGCAAUGAUUUGUCCAAGUAGUGGUGUCCAUAUAGUGCUUCCUGAUUAUUAUUCUCCUGAGGGAAUGGGGCUAAUUGUUCCAAAAACUAAAGAUGGCCGUGUUGUUUUUAUGUUGCCCUGGUUGGGAAGGACGAUUGCUGGAACUACAGACUCCAACACUGCCAUUACAAUGCUCCCAGAGCCACAUGAAGAUGAAAUACAGUUCAUAUUGGAUGCCAUUUGUAGCUAUCUUAAUGUUCAGGUGAGACGUUCAGAUGUGCUUUCUGCUUGGAGUGGUAUACGGCCGUUGGCCAUGGAUCCAUCUGCAAAAAACACUGAGAGUAUAUCCAGAGAUCAUAUUGUCCUUGAAGAUUAUCCUGGUUUAAUCACAAUUACUGGUGGAAAGUGGACUACUUAUCGAAGCAUGGCUGAAGAUGCUGUUGAUGCUGCUAUAAGGUCAGGCAAGCUGAACCCUGCUAAUGGUUGUGUGACUGACAACCUGCACCUUGUUGGUGGAUAUGGUUGGGAUCCUGCAUCAUUCACUUUUCUUGCUCAGCACUAUGUCCGCAUGAAAAGAACACAUAGUGGAAAAGUUAUUCCUGGGGUGAUGGAUAGUGCUAUUUCGAAGCAUUUAUCUCAUGCAUAUGGUACUUUGGCUGAACAAGUGGCUGCUAUUGCUCAGAAUGAGAAUUUAGGGAAGCGGCUUGCCCAUGGUUACCCCUUUCUGGAGGCUGAGGUUGCAUAUUGUGCUCGUAAUGAGUACUGCGAGUCGGCCGUCGACUUCAUUGCUCGGAGAUCUCGCCUUGCAUUUCUUGACACUGAUGCAGCAUGCCGGGCAUUGCCUCGUGUAAUUCAGAUUUUGGCUGCUGAGCACAAGUGGGACAGGGCCAGACAGAAGCUCGAGCUGCAGAGGGCCAAGGAAUUUUUAGAAACAUUUAAAUCAUCAAAGAAUGCACAGUUCCAUGAUGGAAAACACAUAGGGUCAUGAACUAGGAAGUCUACCUCCAGGAAUAGCAAUAACAUGUUAAACAGCAAUGCACAAGUAGGUUUCGACCUAAGGAGGUCAAACAACAAUUCUUCUUAUUUUGUGGCUCAAAGAACAAGAGCUCAAAUUCAACUGCAAAAAUGUAACGUUGUGGUUGCUAAACCAUUAUGAUAUCUUGUCACAUUGCCCAGUCAAUAAGAAGCAUUUCUUU